AUGGUCCGCAACAUCGUCAUCCUGGCGGGAUCCUCCCACCCGGCCUUCGUCGACAAGGUCGCCGGGGCCCUGGGCGUCGCGCCCUCCAGCAGGGUGCUCACCAAGUUUGCGAGCGGCGAGACGCGGUGCGAGAUCCGCGACUCGGUCCGGGGCAAGGACGUCUACAUCGUGCAGAGUUUCGGGACGGGGGACGACGGCGACGGCAGCACUAAUGGGGUGGACCAGGGACCGGAGGCAGGGGAGGGUCAACAACCGUCGCCGGCGGCCGGGCCGAAGCACACGGUCAACGACUACUUCAUCGAGCUGUGCAUCAUGAUCUCGGCUUGCAAGACGGGCAGCGCAAAGAGGGUCACCGCGGUGCUGCCGCUGUUCCCUUACUCGCGGCAGCCGGACCUGCCGUUCUCCAAGGUCGGUGCGCCGUUGGUCGGGAUGCCGACGGCGCCGGCACAACAGCAACAGCAGCAGCAGCAGCAGGGGAAGGGGGCGGCGGUUCAGUACACCUUUGAGAGCGUCCCUGCUACGCCGGGGCCCAAUAUCCCUAGGACGGUGGGGCUGAGCACUGCUGGCGUUGAUGUGGUUGAGAUGAUGGGGUCUCUGCGGUCCAAGGGAGGGAGUGGGCGGGUUUCGCCGGCACCGACGUCGGUACCGCAGCAGCAGCAGCAGCAACCUGACAGUUACACCACGCAUGACUACGAGAAUCCCGCGUUGAUGAUGGCGCUACAGGCCAAGCCAGGACAUAAGCAGUUCAUGGCUCAGUCUGGGUCGCUGGUCGCGGACUUAUUGACGUGCGCCGGGGCUGACCGGAUCCUUACCUGUGAUCUCCACGAGAGUGCCUACCAGGGGUUCUUCGAUAUUCCUGUGGACAACCUCUACGCCCGGCCUCUCCUGAAGCGCUACAUCCAGCAAAACAUCCCCAACUAUCGCGACGCCGUCAUCGUCAGCCCGGACGCGGGCGGCGCCAAACGGGCCACCGCCAUAGCCGACAGCCUCGGGCUCGCCUUUGCGCUCAUCCACAAGGAACGGCGCCCGCCCAAAAUCUCCCAAGCCCCCAAAGCGACCAUGAUGCUCGUCGGCAGCGUCGCCGCGCGCGUGUGCAUCCUGAUCGAUGACCUGGCCGACACGGCCAACACCAUCACGCGCGCGGCCAAGCUGCUCAAGCGCGAGGGCGCCGUCCGCGUCGUCGCCCUGCUCACCCACGGCGUGCUCAGCGGCGACGCCAUCGCCCGCAUCAACGCCUCGGCCCUCGAUGCCGUUGUGGUCACGGAUACUGUGCCGCAGGAUCCCCGGAGGAGGAGGUUGUGCCCCAAGUUGGAGGUGCUGGAUAUUAGUGCGACGUUUGCGGAGGCGAUUCGGAGGGUGCAUCAUGGGGAGAGUGUCAGUAUGCUGUUUCAGUAUGAUUGA